AUGGCGGAAGCAAUGGAAAAGGUCAAGCCCAUAUGCGGCGCUAACAAGGCGGACACGGGCGAGUACGACCUGCCGCUCCACGUCGCCGCCGUCUUCAUGGUUUUCGCCGCCUCUAGCUUUGGCGCUGGAUUCCCCGUAACAGCCAAAAAGGUCAAGUGGCUGAAGAUCCCACCCAAGGUCUUCUUUGCUUGCAAGCACUUCGGAACCGGUGUCCUGAUAGCAACGGCCUUUGUGCAUCUCCUACCGACCGCCUUCUUCAGCUUGUCCAACCCAUGCCUGCCCGAUCUCUUCACCGACGACUACCCACCCCUGCCCGGAGUCAUCAUGAUGACAUCUCUCUUCUGCCUGUUCGUCAUCGAGAUGUACCUCAACGCCAAGACCGGAGGCCACUCGCACGGCGGACCGACCGGAAGCGAUCUGAACUCCGGCCACUCCCACGGCCACUCCCACGGCGCCGCGCCCUCGCCGCCGCGCCCGCCGCGCUACAACACCGACGACUUCGAGGCGGACCAGGCCGACUUCGAGAAGCGCAUGGCGCAGCAGAUGUACGAACAGGAGAACAAGGUGUCGGCGGCGCGCCGCGGCCCCCUCGCGGACCCGGAGAAGGGCUACAACUCCGACUCGGAGAUGCCGGCGUGGUUCGUCGUCUUCUACGAGCAGUACGUGCGCCAGAGGCUCGAGAUGAUGAACAUGAUCCGCGAGACCGACACAAACCAGAGCCGUCAGAUCCAGGCCGCCUCGAACUCGUGGAAGGACCCCAACUCCGAGCCCAGGAUGGCGGCCACCAAGGCCAACAUGGUGGCGCCCCCGGGCCGCUGGCUGGACGAGAACGGCGAGGUGGUGGACCCGCUUGUGUACCGCAAGAUGUCGCUCAACAUCACCAUGCUCGAGGGCGGUAUCCUGUUCCACUCCGUCUUCGUUGGCAUGACCAUCAGCAUCACCAACGAGGGCUUCGUCAUCCUGCUCGUCGCCAUCCUGUUCCACCAGAUGUUCGAGGGUCUCGGUCUCGGUUCCCGUAUCGCUGCCGUCCCCUACCCUCCCGGAAGCUUCCGCCCGUGGCUCCUGGUCAUCGCCUUCGGCUCCACCGCCCCCAUCGGUCAGGCCAUCGGUCUCGCUGCCCGCAACUCGUACGACCCCGACAGCGCCUUUGGUCUCAUCAUCGUGGGCAUCUUCAACGCCAUCUCAUCUGGUCUGCUCAUCUACGCUGCCCUUGUGGACCUUCUCGCCGAGGACUUCCUUUCCGAGGAGGCGCAGGCCAUUAUGACCACCAGCAUGAAGAUCAGUGCCUUCUGCUACGUUCUUCUCGGAGCUCUGGGCAUGUCGAUUGUCGGUGCUUUCGCAUAA